AUGGCUGCAGAGAACCCCGUGGAAAGUCUCCAGGAGGAAGCGACAUGUCCCGUCUGUCUGGAGUAUUUCACAGAACCGGUCAGUGUGGAGUGUGGGCACAAUUUCUGCCGAGCCUGCAUCAGCCAGUGCUGGGAGGGAUCCGAUACAGCUGCCUCCUGCCCUCAGUGCAGAGAAACUGUGCAACAGAGAAACCUCAGGCCCAACAGGCAGCUGGCAAAUGUCGUAGAGCUCGUCAAGCAGUUGAGUUUACAGGCAGCAAAGGGAGCAGGAGGGGACGGGGUGUGUGGGGAACACCAGGAGGCUCUGAAACUGUUCUGUGAAGAGGAUCAAACCCCCAUCUGUGUGAUCUGCAGAGAGUCCCGGGCUCACCGGGCUCACACGGUGGUUCCCAUCCAGGAGGCUGCCCAGGAGUACAAGGAAAGAGUCCAGUCCCACUUGAAAACUCUGAGGGAAGAGAGAGAAAAGCUACUGGGAUUGAAAGCGACUGGAGAGAGGAAUUGCCGGGAAUAUCUGAAACAAACACAAACCGAGAGGCAGAAGAUUGUGUCUGAAUUUCAGCAACUGCAGCAGUUCCUGAAGGAACAAGAGCGACUCCUGCUGGCCCAGCUGGAGAAGCUGGACAAGGAGAUAGUGAGGAUCCAGAAUGAAAAUGUCAGUAAACUCUCCGAGCAGAUUUCCCGUCUGAGUGAGCUGAUCAAUGAGAUGGAAGGGAAGUGUCAGAAGCCAGCGAGUGAAUUCCUACAGGAUGUCAGAACCACCUUGAGCAGGUGUGAGAAGGGGAAGUUCCAGCAGCCAGAAGAGAUUUCUCCUGAACUGGAAGAGCGAGUCAGUGGUUUCCCCCAGAAAACGAUUGUGCUAAUGGAGAUUCUGGGGAAGUUCAAAGACACUCUGCCGUCUGAAUUGGAGAGAAAAAGGGGAGGAUCAUUUGGAGCACACAGACGGGCGAAUGUGACUCUGGAUCCAGACACGGCUCAUCCCAUCCUCAUCCUGUCUGAGGAUCAGAAAAGUGUGAGAUGGGGAGACAUGCAGCAGCAACUGCCCAACAAUCAUGAGAGAUUUGACACUGAGCCCUGUGUGCUGGGCUGUGAGGGAUUCACCCUGGGGAGACAUUGCUGGGAGGUGGAGGUGGGGGAUGGGCCAUUCUGGGCUGUGGGGGUGGCCAGAGAGUCUGUGGGGAGGAAGGGAGAGAUCAGCUAUAGCCCUGAGGGGGGGAUCUGGGCUGUGCAGCAGUGGAAGGAUCAGUUCCGGGCUCUCACCUCCCCUGUGACCCCCCUGCCCCUGAGCCGGGCCCCCAGCAGGAUCCGGGUUUGUCUGGACUGUGACCGGGGGCAGGUGACAUUUAUCGAUGCUGGUGACGAGGCCCCGAUCUUCACUUUCCCGCCGGGCUCCAUCCCUGGGGGGAGAAUCCGACCCUGGCUCUGGCUCACAACAGAUUAUAUGGGCAUGAGUCUCUAG